AUUUCUCCUUACCCCCGCCAACACUGCACCCCUCCCCUCUCACUUCCACUGCACAGAGUAAAUCCAGAGCCUGCAGUGCCUCAUCGCGCCAACCCAAAAGAUCCAUAAGAGGAAAUAGUAAAGUCCCGGCUUCUGAAAGAAGACAAAAGGACCAAGCUGCAAGGCAGGGAGGGCAGCUGAAAUAAAAAAAGAAAGAAGCCUGCACUGGACAAGUGAGCAGGCAGGGGGGGUCAAGUAAGUGAGAAAAAAAAAUCAUAGGAAAAAAAAAUCACCUUCAGCAGAGCACCAGCUGGUCCCGAGCUUGAAAGCAGAGAGAGGAGAGGGAAGAGGGGCCGGACAGCAAACAGGAGCAGAGAAAAGUGACUGGAAUGAUAAGAUGAGAAGCAGGCAUGUGCUGCUGAAGCUUUUUCUUAAUGAGGCCCUUCUGGAAAUCGUGCUCGUGUUGUGGCUGGGGUCGCGUGUCCUGGCCGUGUGCCCCUCCAUGUGCUCCUGCAGCCACAGCCACAGGGAGGUCGACUGCUCAUGGAGGGGUCUGAGACUCUUGCCCGAUGGCCUGCAGCACAACCUGCGCUCCCUUAAUCUGUCCCACAACCGGUUUCAGAACCUGGACGGUCAGCUCACGGCGUACACUCAUCUCCGCAUCCUUGAUUUGUCCCACAACCGGCUCAACCAGCUGCCCGUGGAUUUGCCUCGUUCCCUCUGGCAGCUCUACGCCGCCUCCAACCGCAUCCAGCAGCUGGAUAAGAAUGACACAGUCUACCAGUGGAACCUGCGUAUGCUUGACCUUUCCCAUAACAAGCUGGAGAGGGCCACCUUUAUCAACAACACAUUGAUCAAGCUGUGCACACUCAACCUGAGCCACAAUCACUUCUGGACUUUGCCCACCAACCUGCCAAUAAAUCUGGAGACUAUUGACCUGUCCCACAACUUGCUUGUGAAGGUGCUGCCAGACUCUCUAGACCGUCUCCCCAGACUGACUCACUUCUACCUGCAUGCUAACCGCUUCACCACGCUGCCCUUUGGAGUGUUGGACAAGACGACCUCACUGAGAGUCAUCACAUUGGGCGACAACCCCUGGGCCUGCCACCUUUAUGCAGACACCGCCUACUUAGUCUCCUGGACUCAGCGUACAUCUGCACGUGUCCUGGGCUGCCCCUGCCACACCCAGCCUGUCUGUGGACGGGUACGUCCGGGCAGGACUGGAGGGUGGCACUUCGCCUCCUACAACUUGCCCCCUCUGGCAGCAAGCGCCCAGGAUCUGAGCUCCUCACCCCCUGAGGCCAGUGUCACCGGAUGGUGGUACUUUACUGUUUCUGCUCUGCUGAGCACUCCACACACCCCUAAAGAGACUCUGAACACGCAGGCCCACACAUCCACACCCACCCUGACAUCCAGAACCAUAGGCACCCACCUAACCAUUAAUCACCUUUCUGCGACUGCAGCUGACAUAGAUUCCUAUCUCGUCCCUGACACAAAGGGAACGUCACCCACUGACUCAUUCCACGCCGCUGACACAUCCGCUUCUUCUGACACAAGUCUCAUUACUGAAAAAUCCAUCAGAGAUGACAUGCGGCUGGCCACAGACCAAUUCUUUACAACAGAGAGUCCCUACAUCCAAACAAAGAAAACAACCACUCUUCGCACCAGGAGCGUGAGGAGACAGAAUCAGUCCCCUCCUCGCGGCAUCAGCAACAGCAGCUCGACUCUUGCUGCCUGUUCAUUACUUUGUUUCCUUUACAACCUGGGGCUCCUGUCUCUCAUUCUGCCUCAGCUCCUCUGAAACACUAACACCUAUAAAGGUAUAGCACAAACAAUUAAAACACACACACAUAAGACUACUGACUGUUGGUGGACUGUUAUGUUUGUAUAUUACCAGUUUCUUUGGCUUUCUUUGGUCAUUUACGAUACAAAUGACAGGCUUUAUGAUGGUUUGUGCUUCCCUGCAUAUGAUGCGACUUUUCUAAUUGUAUGUCAAAAAAACCCCAACAAUUUAACUUUUCUAAUAGGACUUUUUACGAGGCUCUCCUCAAAUGCAGCUGACUAAAAAAAUGAGAAAAAAACAUUGUAAUGAAUAUAGCGAAGCACAUGAUGGCACUAUACAUUCAGGUAGCAGUUUGUUAUGUAAGUGGAUGCAUGGUGUUCAGCUACAGUCUAUUUCAAGGCUAACCAAGGUGCUCUUCAUUGCACAUUAUGACCCACAAAUUAAUAUGCUCCUUUUUAUUUUAAUGCAUUUUUGUACAUUGCCUGGAUUUGACUGUUGACUUGUUGUGUUGGUUUUUCUGUUUUCAUAUUGUUUUUUCUCCAUUUUAGUCAUUUUAUAUUGUUGUUUUUUGAUGGUUUGGCCUACAAAAAGAUCUGAUUCACAAAAUCUCACUUUAUUUUUUUAAAAUAUUUUUUUCCCCCCAGUUUCAAUAGAUGUCCUUGAUGCCUGCCUGCUUUUUAAAUCAUCUUUUCUAGGGAUAAACUGCACACAUGAAAUCGGUCACGACAUGUUUGUGGUAGGAAACAGAGACUCUGUGGAGCAGAGGGCAAACAAAUGGACAACGUUGCGUCACUGCACUUAACAAACUCCGAGUGCCAAGGACCGCUUCUGUAUUUUGAUCACAUCUCAGACUUAAGUGUCCUUCAUGAUUCAGUGACGCUCGUGAAAAUUAUCUGCAUGGUGAUUGAACGUUCCAGGAAUGCUAACUUACUGCUGUAUUGCUGCAGAGCAUUAAAAGCACAGACAUUUUAAGCUUAUUUGUAUGUAAUGCUAAGAUAUUCAAAUCUUGAUUGCGUUAAACAGCAGUGAUGUACCAACCAACGGAUUUUUACAUUUCAGUGAUGUAUUUGCAUAUGGAACCUAAAGGUGCCAAAACAGUAAGAACUGCAUCACAGCAGGUUGCGUUUGAUAAAGUAAAGAAGAACUAGUGCCAGGGAAUUUCAUUUCUUGUUGGGUGCUACUGCAAGGUGAUUUCUGCGAAGUUAAAUAAAACGUGAUCUAUUUA